CCGAGCCGCCGUGAGGGGCGCUGCUGUCUCUACAUACCCAUAAGCGGGGGAGUGAGAGGUGCAUGAAAUGGAGAAAAAUGGCGGAUCAUGUGCAGGGCCUGGCCCAGCUGGAGAUCCUGUGCAAGCAGCUGUAUGAGACCACCGACACCACCGUCCGCCACCAGGCCGAGAAAGCUCUGGUGGAGUUCACCAACAGCCCCGACUGCCUCAGCAAGUGUCAGCUGCUGCUGGAGCGAGGCAGCUCGUCGUAUUCUCAGCUGCUCGCGGCCACCUGUUUGUCUAAGCUGGUGUCUCGAACCAGCAACCCUCUGCCCCUUGAGCAACGCAUCGACAUCCGGAACUAUGUCCUGAACUAUCUGGCCACGCGGCCCAAGCUGGCAGCCUUCGUGACGCAGGCGCUGAUCCAGCUGUACGCCCGGAUCACCAAGCUGGGCUGGUUCGACUGCCAGAAGGACGACUACGUCUUCAGGAACGUCAUCGCCGACGUCACGCGCUUCCUGCAGGACAGUGUUGAACAUUGCAUCAUAGGUGUCACCAUUCUGUCCCAGCUGACCAAUGAGAUCAAUCAGGCCGACACGACGCACCCUCUGACCAAACACAGGAAGAUCGCUUCUUCAUUCAGAGAUUCUUCACUUUUCGACAUUUUCACUCUUUCCUGCAACCUCCUCAAGCAGGCGUCGGGGAAGAACCUGAACCUUAACGAUGAGUCUCAGCACGGCCUCCUGAUGCAGCUUCUCAAACUGAGCUACAACUGCCUCAACUACGACUUCAUAGGAACCUCCACAGACGAGUCAUCGGACGACCUCUGCACCGUCCAGAUCCCCACCUCCUGGAGAUCAGCGUUUCUCGAUUCCUCCACUCUGCAGCUCUUUUUCAACUUGUAUCAUUCCAUCCCUCCGUCCCUCUCCCCGCUGGUGCUGUCAUGUUUAGUGCAGAUCGCCUCGGUCCGGAGGUCCCUGUUCAACAACGCAGAGCGAGCCAAGUUCCUGUCUCACCUGGUGGACGGGGUGAAGAGGAUUCUAGCCAACCCUCAGGUUUUGUUUUGCGGGAUCCCCAACAACUACCCAGAGUCCGCGCGACUUGCUGGCGAGGCUGAAAAGCAACUACCAGCUGGGGAGCUGGUGAAGGUGGAGAACUACCCCGAGGUCAUCCGCCUCAUCGCCAACUUCACCGUCACCAGCCUGCAGCACUGGGAGUUUGCCCCCAACAGUGUCCACUACCUGCUGAGUCUGUGGCAACGCCUCGCGGCGUCCGUCCCGUACGUCAAAGCCACCGAGCCCCACCUGCUAGAGACCUACACCCCCGAGGUCACCAAGGCCUACAUCACCUCCCGGCUGGAGUCGGUCCAUGUCAUCCUCAGAGACGGACUAGAAGACCCUUUGGACGACGCUGGCCUGGUCCAACAGCAGCUGGAUCAGCUGUCCACCAUCGGGAGGUGCGAGUACGAGAAAACCUGCGCUCUGCUGGUGCAGCUGUUCGACCAGGCGGCUCAGACCUACCAGGAGCUGCUGCAGUCUACCAACUCCAGCCCCGCAGACAUCACCGUGCAGGAGGGCCGGUUGACGUGGCUGGUCUAUAUAAUCGGGGCGGUCAUCGGUGGACGGGUGUCGUUUGCGAGCACAGAUGAGCAGGACGCCAUGGACGGAGAGUUAGUCUGUCGGGUGCUCCAGCUGAUGAAUCUCACAGACAGUCGGCUCGCUCAGGCCGGCAACGAGAGGCUGGAGCUGGCCAUGCUCAGCUUCUUUGAGCAGUUCAGGAAGAUCUACAUCGGAGACCAGGUGCAGAAAUCAUCAAAGCUUUACCGACGACUAUCAGAAGUUCUGGGGUUGAAUGACGAGACGAUGGUCCUCAGUGUCUUCAUAGGAAAAAUCAUCACAAACUUGAAGUACUGGGGCCAGUGUGAACCGAUCACCUCCAAGACUCUCCAGCUGCUGAACGACCUGUCCUUGGGGUACAGCAGCGUGAGGAAGCUGGUGAAGCUCAGUGCGGUGCAGUUCAUGUUGAACAACCACACGAGCGAACACUUCUCCUUCCUCGGGGUGAACAACCAAUCAAACCUCAGCGACAUGAGGUGUCGGACCACCUUCUACACCGCGCUGGGGCGCCUGCUGAUGGUGGACUUAGGAGAAGACGAGGACCAGUUUGAGCAGUUCAUGCUCCCGCUGACGGCUGCGUUUGAAACUGUUGCUCAGAUGUUGAGCACAAACACCUUCAACGAGCAGGAGGCCAAGAGGACCCUGGUAGGUUUGGUCAGAGACCUGCGAGGAAUCGCCUUCGCCUUCAACGCCAAGACCAGCUUCAUGAUGCUGUUUGACUGGAUGUAUCCAGCCUACAUGCCCAUCCUGCAGAGAGCCAUCGAGCUCUGGUACCACGACCCAGCAUGCACCACUCCAGUCCUCAAGCUCAUGGCCGAGCUCGUCCACAAUAGAUCACAAAGGCUUCAGUUUGACGUGUCGUCACCCAACGGCAUCCUUCUGUUCAGAGAAACGAGCAAGAUGAUCACGACCUACGGGAACCGCAUCCUGACCCUGGGGGAGGUCCCUAAGGACCAGGUCUACGGGGUGAAGCUGAAGGGGGUCAGCGUGUGCUUCGCCAUGCUGAAGGCGGUGCUCAGCGGGAACUACGUCAACUUCGGGGUGUUCCGUCUCUACGGCGACGACGCCCUGGACAACGCCUUGCAGACCUUCAUCAAGCUGCUGCUCUCCAUCCCCCACAGCGACCUGCUGGACUACCCCAAGCUCAGCCAGUCCUUCUACUCUCUGCUGGAGGUCCUGACCCAGGACCACAUGAACUUCAUCGCCAGCCUGGAGCCGCACGUCGUCAUGUACAUCCUGUCCUCCAUCUCCGAGGGGCUCACUGCACUCGAUACCAUGGUGUGCACGGGGUGCUGCUCGAGUCUGGACCACAUCGUCACCUACCUGUUCAAGCAGCUGUCUCGCUCCACCAAGAAGAGGCGCACGCCCAUGGCCACGGACGACCGCUUCCUCAACAUCAUGCAGCAGCACCCGGAGAUGAUCCAGCAGAUGCUGUCCACAGUGUUGAACAUCAUCAUCUUUGAGGACUGUAGGAACCAGUGGUCCAUGUCCCGCCCCCUGCUGGGCCUCAUCCUGCUCAACGAGAAGUACUUUGCUGACCUGAGGAACAGCAUAGUGAACAGUCAGCCUCCAGAGAAGCAGCAGGCGAUGCAUUUAUGUUUUGAGAACCUGAUGGAGGGAAUCGAACGGAAUCUACUAACCAAGAACCGGGACAGGUUUACUCAGAACCUGUCUGUCUUCAGGAGGGAGGUGAAUGACAGCAUGAAGAACUCAACGUACGGCGUCAACAGCAACGACAUGAUGAGCUGACAUUCCACAGAAAGGAGUCUUACCGCUGCAGACAGAGCCCCCCCCGACUCGACCCUCCCCUCUGCAUCAGACCCCCUCUCCCCCCAGGCCCGGAUGCCUGGGGGGGGUCAUGUCGUACAGAAUUGUUGGUUAAAUCCGCCUCCUUUUUGAUAUAAGUAUAUAUAAAUACAUAUAGAUCUAUUUUAAAGCGAUGGUGGGGGGCUGGAAGGGGGGGCGGGGGUGAACGCCUGCAAACGUAGUAAUCCGCUUCUGCCUGCCUUGUAUAGAACACAGAAAACCACGUGUACAUUUCUUUUGGUAACAUUUUGAACAAUGUUUAUAACAAUUUCAACACAAAGAGUCGAAGAAAAAGUUACAAAAAACUAACCGGUGUGAUUGAGCUUUUUACAGUGUAGUGAGUUGGUCGGGGGGGGGGCACUUAGAUGAAGAAGAGGUACACACUAACACAAAGGGAGCGUCCAUGUUGUACAUUUAUCUCCAGUCUGAAGUGAUGUAAAUAUCAGCCAAGUGUCUUCAGACCUCCGGUUCUUCUUCUGUGGUUUCUUUUUUCUCAGUGACACUAAACUGAAUAUCUUUGGAUUCACAAAGACAAAACCUGCUUUUUAAUAUUUCCUCACAUUUAAAAAAUAUCUACAAUUAACGAUAAAUUCAAGAAAAUACAGAUGACAUUUAAUGAUCUAAAACGUAUCAACAAUUGUAACACAAAUGAUUGUCUGACAAUCUAAAAUGACAGUAAAUCUCUCUUUGGGUGUAAAGGAUCGUUUUUAUUCAGUUCACUGAAGGAGAAGCUCUGAGUAUUUAUUUCUCUUUCAUAGAGUAAUGAAAUGAAGAAAGUAGCUGCUGAUCAUUUCCACGUUUGACGAGGUCGAGAAGCGUCAGUUUCCCAUCAUGCACGGCGGCGUGUCACAUGUUCCCCUCCGGAUGGCCGGCUGCACGUCCACCAUGUUGUUUACACUCUGGAUUCCUCGGACCAGGUUUUGGGAUUCCCCCCCUUCCCCUGAGGGAGGGGUUGCGUGUGUGUGUGCGUGUAUGUGUGCGUGCGUGUGUGUGUGUGUGUGUGUGCGUGCGCACACACCUGUAGGAAAGGGGCGGAGCCUGUCGGUAGUCUGUCCUGUGUCCUUGUGACUGCAAAUAAACCUGGUGGAUUUUUA